AUGUAUCUAACUAUAGCUAACUCUCCCUCCAACGGUAUAAAGGAUUAUUAUCACAGAGUCGUAUCUAAUGAGGGAGAUGAUGAUGAUGAUGAGGGAAACAAGUACAGACCGCUGUUGAGGCAGAUCCUCAUAACGAGCCCCGCCUGGAUGCUGCUGUUCGCGACAGGCUUUUCAUUCGGCGCUCCGACCGUGUUCAUACCUCAAAUUCGGAAGGAAAAGAAUUCAACCGAAGCGAUCAGUGACGAAAUGGCUUCUUGGCUGUCUUCCGUGUUCGGAUAUAGCUCUCUGCCGUGGAUCAUCGUUAUCUGCUACGCCAUUACGCGCUUAGGAAGAAAGAUCCCUUUCAUGUUCGUCUCCAUAAACACGUUCGUCUUCAACGUCAUCUUAUAUUUCAGCACUAGCAACACCCAAAUGUUAAUUAGCGAGAUACUACAGGGCAUGAACCACGGCGCCAACUUAACUUUGACUAUAAUAAUACUGUCCGAAUACACUUCGCCGAAAUACAGAGGUGUCUUCUUAACGAUAAAAUCCGCCACCUUCUAUUGGGGUGUGUGGUGCGCGAACGCAAUUGGAACAUUCCUCCAUUGGAAAUAUAUACCGUUGACAGCCAUCGUAUUGAUAUUAUACAAUUUCGUCUCGUUUUUAUGGCCGGAGUCGCCUCACUGGUUGGCCAGCGAAGGUAGGUUCGAGGAAUGCGCCCGAUCAUACUUCUGGUUGAUGGGCAAAAACGAGUCAACGAUAAAAGAAUUGGAGAGACUCGUUAAUUCGCAAAAAGAAUGCAUUAAAAAUCGUAGGACGUUCGAUAGGCAUAGAAUAUUCGAGAUCUUGACCGCGAAGCUGUUUUACAAGCCGACGUUAGUGUGUAUAGUUAUGAUGCUGCAAUAUAAUUUCACCGGUAAAAUCGUGUGUGCAAUGUACGCCAUUGAUAUCAUAAAACGCAUAACUGGAAGCGAAUCGACCGCGUAUUACGUGAUGCUGCUACUAGAUGGCGUUACUGUCUUGGGCAUGUACUUCGGUUGUUUUUUAACGAGAGUGGUCAAACGACGCUCUUUACUAAUGACCUCGGGCACGACCAGUGUAAUUUUUUUAUGCAUCCUAUCCUUGUAUUUGUAUUUAAUAAAUUUAGCGUUUAUAAACGAAUCUAGAUUUGUAACUAUAGGUUUGUUAGUCGGAUUCUCGUUGAGUGUUAGCAUUGGACCAGUGAUUUUGUUAAUAUCCACGCACGCUGAGCUGACGCCAUUAAAAUACAAAAGUCAUUGUAUGGCCGUUGCCGCGAUUUUAUACAAUAUCGUCUCCGGUACACUAUUGAAAAUAUCGCCGUAUAUCUUUUUGGCUUUCGGGAUGCACGGUACGUUUUUAUUUUACGGUCUCACUUCGGGAUCCUGUCUAUUGAUACUUUACUUCUGUUUACCGGAAACAAAAGACAAAACCCUGCAGGAAAUCGAAAAUUAUUUCGAAGGUGAAGAAAAAAAAACAUGUAAUUCAAGUUUAAUUUAA